CGACUACUAACCUACGGCCGCCAGCCCUUUUUUCCCCUUUACUGCUUCCCUCGACUCCAUUCUUUUUUCUUGUUCAUUCCUCUUCGUCACUCACAAAUCACCGACCGUCGCUGCUGGCCAUCGAAGCCGCCAUCGCUGUUCUAGGCUUGAGAAGAAAAGUGAAACUGGGAGUUGCAGACCGGCCGGUCGGCCGUCUGAAACAAACUUGGCAGCUGGUGCCUGGCGAAGCCACGAGGUUACCGUAGGUCAGGCUUUGUCGAUUAUAGAGUCGGAUUCGCGCCCAAAUUUACAGUGACUGUGCAUGCCAAACCGGAUUGACCCUGAAAAGAAACACACUCCGCUCGGCUGAAGCUAUGUCUGGCAGGAAAGAAACAGUUUUAGAUUUAUCUAAGUUCGUCGACAAAGGUGUUCAAGUCAAGCUCACUGGUGGAAGACAAGUGACUGGAACACUGAAAGGGUAUGAUCAAUUGCUGAAUCUCGUUUUGGAUGAAGCCGUAGAAUUUCUUAGAGAUCCAGAGGAUCCACUGAAGACUACCGAUCAAACCCGUCGCCUUGGUUUAAUAGUUUGUCGAGGAACUGCUGUGAUGCUGGUGUCUCCAACUGAUGGCACGGAUGAAAUUGCCAAUCCAUUUUUGCCUGAUGGAUCAUAGACAGGAUGAUACCUUUGUGCAUCCACUCCGGCUCUUAGGUACGCCUUGACGCUUCCGAAUCGUUUAUUUUACUGCACUACAUCUGUGUUUAGAGGGUUGCCUUAAAACUCUUGAUGAAUCCACGUAUUGAGUGGGUAUUUACCUCUUUUGAAUCCACAUGAAAGUCACUUAAGUGUCACGGUAUUAUUCCGGAACUUAUUGUCAUGGAAAUAUUGUCAUUUAAAAGUCACCGGAUGGUUGCAGCUUACAUUGCUAUGUAAAGUUAUGGUAGUAUUAGGGUACUGUCAUAUUAAUUUAUGUCUAUUAAUUUUACUCCCACCAUAA